AUGCUCGACGUCCUCGACGGAGUCCCAUGUCCAGACCCUACGUCCGCCACUCCGGCGGAAGUGGCCAAGUGGCAAAGGGCCAAUUUUCAACAAUUCUCGAUUAUAUUCUUCGGGACAGAAGGAUCCGCCCACAUCACCGUCAAACCGUUCACAGGCACAAAGGGAAACCCAGGAGACGGUGCAGGGGCGUGGAAAACUCUCGAGGAUAGCUUUGAUGGAAGUACAAAGGAAGCUCGCCGUGCGUGUCGGUAUAAGUUGUUCCAUACCACGAUGAAAUCUGGUGAAGACCCUUCGGACUUCCUAGCCAAAAUGGACGAUCUCCGCCUGCGUCUGGAGGACAUGGGGGAGAAAAUUCCUGACGAGAGCUAUGAAGACGUGCUUCUGCGGGCACUGUCCAAGGAGUACUAUUUCAUACGACAGACUAGCCACAAAGACAGGACGUUCGGCCUCACUGAAAUUCGCACAACAAUGGUAAACAUGUACAUCGACGAACUUUCCAGGAAGUCGUCUGGUCCGUCCGUAGCUGGUCGUGGUGUCGCCAUGUCGGCCGAAUCGAGCAACGUCCAGUGCCGUAACUGUCAAGAGUUUGGGCACUAUGCCAACGAGUGUCGGAAACACGGCAAAGGAAAAGGAAAUCGACGGCAAGGCAAGAAGCCUUGGAAACGGAAAGCGGCGGAGACAAGUGGACACGCGGUACUAUUUUUAAACUUCAAGGAGUGCGAUGAGCUAUACCACUUCACGAUGGACCUCCCUGAAACGGGCGAGAUCUCUGGUGUGGCUCUGCCGGUCAAGUCUGCUGCCCUAUGGCAUCGCCGCGUAGGACACGUCCACGGCAGGAGCUUGGACAUCUUGCGAAAGGUACAGGGGAAUGGUGUCGAGUACAACGGAGAGCUGAGCGCCUGCGACGUUUGCGCCGUCGGCAAUAGCAAACAACAAAAUCAUCCCAAACGGGCAUCGUACGACGCCUCCAGGCCGUUUCAGCUCGUCACCACAGACCUCAUGGGACCAUUUUCACCGCCGGCACUGGGAGGAUUCCUGUAUAUCAAGAAGUUCGUCGACCAGCACAUCAAGUGGAACGAAGUCUUCCUGAUGAAGGAGAAAAGUGCUACAGUUGAUGCUCUUCAGCUGUUCAACCAAUCUGUCCUGACACCACAUGAACUGCGGCUUGAAUGUGUGCGGGCGGACAAAGGUGGAGAGUACACGAGUUGGGCUUUUUGCAAAUACUGUCGUGAUGUCGGAAUCAAGUUACUGUUUGCGUCCACAAACACUCCUCAACGAAUUGGCGCGAAUGAACGGAUCGGACGAACGCUAGCGGGUAUGGUACGCUGUCUGCUUGCUGACUCUGGUCUACCGCACUUUCUCUGGGAAGAGCUCUUCAUGACCGCUUCAUAUCUGAGUAACCGCUCUCCACACUCGGCUUCGGACAACGUGACACCCUUCAAGGCCCUUCAUGGCAAGGAAGCCUAUCUUGGCCACCUUUGGGCGAUCGGAGACCCAUACCAACAAGCUUGA